CAGCAUCACUUGUCAUUCUUAUUCUUCUGUGCAUUUUCCCAGCGGAAGAAGAAAAAGGAAUUCCCGUCAUUCUCUUCGUCGUCCCAAUUUCCAGCGGAAAGGUGCCUUUUCUCGCCUUUCCAUCUUCGUCGCGAGAAAUCAGCAAUUUUCAAGAUUUUUUCAAGGAUUUCCAUCUUCAUCCGAAUCAAUAGCCGAUCCAGGUCUCGCGAAUCAACAUUAGUUUCUCCCAUAUCUCGGUGCAUUGGUUCCAGGUAUUCUUCUUUUUCAUUCAUCCACAUGAUACUCCGGUAUUAAUUAUCUUAUUUUCCUCCUUAUUGUGCUGGCCAAUUGCUGUAAUGGUAAGCCAUUGUUAUGAGCCGAGUUAAGGAUAAUAAAUUUAAUUUGCACACUAUUUCAACUGUGACGUCUACAUUUUUUGUGAUGUGUUUCCUUCAUUUUUUAUUGGUUUUGGGAUUUUGAUUUGAUUUGAUCAACUUUUUCCUAACUUAUUUCAAUUGGUUUUGGUUUUGCCUCUUACCAGUUUGAGGCAAACAGUUUUUGUAAUAAGUGUGUAUGUGUGAUUUAAUUGAACAAAAGUAUGCAAUAAUUUUUUUGUAUGUCACUGCCCUAAGCAAAAGUUAGAAUAAAGGUACUAUUCCAAGUUGCAGCAAAACAAUUAAAAGACUAGAAAUUGGAAUUUGAGAUUCUUUAAAAAGCAUGCUAUAGUAAAUAAAAGUAGUAAUGGAUGUAAGUUAUAAAGUAUGAUGGAAUCAAUUAUAUUGUUAAUGGUAGCAUAGGCCUACUUUAAGUUCACAAUAUGGUAGCAAGAUUUCUUUUAUUGAGGAAGGAAGUGUUUUUUUUAUAAGGAGAAAUAAAAAAAGCAGAUUCUUGGUCUUGGGUUGCACAACUUCAAGGCUCACAGGUUUAGAGCAAUAGGGAAUGUGUGGUUUUGGCCUCAAUACCUUGGAUUUUGUGGGGCAGUUUUUGUCAUGUGUUUGCCUGUUUUUGCCUUUGUUUUUUUUUGUCUGUGUUCUUUUAAAAUUUUUCCAUCUUUGUAUACUCAUUCCUCACUUGGUGGUAAGUGGUAACACUUGAAGCAUUUGUAUGUUAAAUACCGGCCCAAAAACUUUACAUAGUAGCCAAUGUUCCCUUUCAUAUUGUAGUGAACUUAUUAUCCCUUUUUUAAUUCUAUCACAUGUGAUUUAUUGUUAUCUAUAUUUCUUCAUGGACUUCUCAUUUCAUGUUUUUCUCAUGCUUGGAGAGCGAGUAAGGUGACGCAGAGCAAUGAACUCCCAAGAUGUUUGCAGAUUAACGACUUCCCCUUGCCCAUUUGUUUCAUUCAAAAUUAAGAAACAAAUAAACAAGAAACACUUGCAUAUUACACCAGCGCGUGCAAAUCUAAUACUGAUAUUGUACCUGGAUUUUCAACUUGAGAGAAAGAUAAGACGCAUGAUUUUUCCAAUGGUGAGGCAUCUUCGUGCAUAAAGGAUUUAAUUAUUGAUUUUGUAGAAAUCGUGGAUGGUCGGUCAUCGCAACCUCAAGAUGUUAUGCUAAAUCUUACCCCCGUUAAGAGAAUGGAAGAACAAGUGUCUGAUGUUGGAAAUUAGAAUGAAAGAUAAAGACUGUUAAAGUAAAAAAAAAAAUAUAAUCCUAAAAUUACU